CGUGCUGACGUCACCUAAAGCGACAGAAAAAUUCAAGAUGGUCCUUGAAAGUACUAUUGUCUGUGUGGACAACAGUGAAUAUAUGCGCAAUGGAGACUUCUUACCUACCAGACUUCAGGCCCAGCAAGACGCGGUCAACAUCAUCUGUCAUUCAAAAACUCGGAGUAACCCAGAAAACAAUGUGGGACUCAUCACUAUGGCCAAUAACUGUGAGGUCCUGACCACUCUUACCCCUGACACUGGGAGGAUUCUGUCAAAGCUUCAUGCUGUCCAGCCCAGAGGAGUCAUCAGCUUCUGCACAGGCAUCAGAGUAGCACAUCUAGCAUUGAAACACAGACAGGGAAAAAACCAUAAGAUGAGGAUCAUUGUCUUUGUGGGAAGCCCUGUGGAGGACCAGGAGAAAGAUUUGGUGAAGAUGGCAAAGCGUUUGAAGAAGGAGAAGGUCAAUGCUGAUAUCAUUAACUUUGGAGAAGAGGUGCUGAACACUGAUAAGCUGACUGUGUUUGUGAAUACCCUAAAUGGGAAGGAGGGUGCUGGCUCACACCUGGUGACGGUGCCCCCUGGCCCGAGCCUGGCAGAUGCUCUUCUGUCCUCUCCCAUCAUGGCUGGUGAGGGUGGCACCAUUAUGGGCCUGGGUCCCAGUGACUUUGAGUUUGGAGUGGACCCCAGCGCAGACCCUGAGCUCGCUCUGGCUUUACGUGUCUCAAUGGAGGAGCAGAGACAGAGGCAGGAGGAGGAAGCUCACAGAGCAACUGUGGCCUCAGCUUCAGAAGCUGGAGUCUCUUCACCCACUGUAGAUGAGUCUGAAAAUGCCCUGCUGAAGAUGUCGACGGCUCCUGCCCUGCCUGAUUUCAGCCGCAUGACUGAGGAUGAACAGAUCGCAUAUGCUCUACAGAUGUCCAUGCAAGGAGAGGAGUUUGGGGGUUCAGAGGCCAUGGAUGUGGACGCAGGUGCCGCAGCAGACACCGAGGCUGUUAAGGAUGAGGAGGAUUAUGAUGUGAUGCAGGAUCCAGAGUUUUUGCAGAGUGUGCUGGAGAACCUUCCAGGAGUCGAUCCCAACAAUGAAGCCAUCCGUAAUGCAAUGGGCUCUCUGGCAUCCCAGAACAAAGACAAACCACCUGAGGGCAAGAAAGAUGAUGAGAAGAAAUAGAGGAAGCCUGAUGGAGGUCUGGACUGACAAUGGGCAUCAAGGACAAAUAAUGUGGAAGAAGGGUUUGAAACUGGACUAUGUGUAAAGACGGACACAAUCACAGGAUGCACAUUAUAGAUGAAAAAUAAGUUGUUAUUGAUAUAAAGGGAAAGGCAAAAUUUAAAUUCAUCAUUUACUCAACCUCAUGCCAUCCCAGAUGUAUAUGACUUUCUUCUGAAUAUUUCAACUCUGAAAGAAGAAAGUCAUACACAUUUGGGAUGGCAUGAGUGUGAGUAAAUUAUGAGAUUAAUUUGAGUGAACUAUCCCUUUAAUGAGUUUUCUUAACAAAUAAUGACAUUGAAACAGAUACAACAGAACAGACCAAUAACCAUCUCUACUGAAAGGAGAAAAAAAAUCCUAAGAAAACCUAUAUCAGUGAAUGAGAAUCGUCUUUGUUUUUCUUUUAUGCAUCAUUAUAACUAACAUCUGAUAUGUAACAUAUUUGAGUGGAAAAACCUACUUUAAUUAGUAGUGUUCACUUCAGCCUUGCUUAUUUGCUUGGUAGCUUGCUUUGUCACCCAACUAUAAUUUUCCACGUGGCAUUUAAAUAACUCUUUGUACAUUUUUCCUUUGACAAUUUUGUAUCACUGUCCUCAUUUCCUUUUUAAAUAAAGGGCUUUGGUUAAGGAAAUGUAAGGAAA